UGAACAUGAGAAGAAAAACGAAGCAUUCCCUUAUAGAAAAUGAAGCAUCGAGAAAAAGAAGCUUCAUCAAACGGAAAAAAGGGAUGAUGAAGAAACUUGCUCAGCUGUCGACUCUCUGUGACAUCAAGACGUGUGCGGUUAUCUACAGUCCAUACAACCCAGACCCUGAGGCUUGGCCAUCAAGAGAAGGCGCUGAGAAAGUGAUAUCAGAUUUUAUGGAGGUUUCGACGGGUGAUCAGAAUAAAAGGAUGUUCGAUCAAGAACGUUUUCUGCAUAUGAGGAUUGCUAAAGAGGAAGCGAAAUUGCAAAAAAUGCAUACUGAUAACCAAAAUUUUGAGAUUCAAAAUAUUAUGUUUGGUUGUCUUAAAGGAGAGAUUGAUGUGCGUAAGCUUGGUGAAAAGGAUCGUCAGGAUUUAAGUUCUUUUAUUGAUACAUAUAUAAACAAGCUUACUUGCAGGAGGCAGAACCUUAUGGAGAAUGGUGAAUCUUCUUCUCGUUUACCUCCUUCUGUUGUUGCAGAUGCAGUUGUUAUCCCAGUUGGAGAUUAUGAUCACAUGAAUCAAAAUCAAAAUCAGCAGAAAUCGAUUCAACGCCAAGGUGAUUUUCUUAUUGAACCUUUUCGACAGAUUCCACAGAAAAUUCAUCAAUUCAAUAUGAAUGUGAAUCUGGAUUUGAAUCUGAAGCCGAAUCUGGAUUUGAAUCUGAAUCCGAAUCUGAACUCGAACCAAAAUAUGAUUUUGGAUUUGAAUCAAAUUCCUAAUGUUGAAGAGGAUGGAGACCCCAUGGACUGGAACCAUCACCAACCUAAAACUGAUGAUAUUGCUAUCACCGCUGCUGAUGUUGGUGCUCCUAACACCACCAACAAUUGAUUUAGAGUUAAAAAGGGAGUUGUUUUUCUU